GUCAAACACACAUACACAGACAGAGAGACACAGACCAGGACCACACCGACCGGUCUGUCUCCUAAAGAUGCUGAAAUAACGGCGAGAAACCAACAUCUUUCGGUUGUCGAUCGUGACCAGCUCACUUACUGUCACCAAGAUGUCUGGGAAAAUAGACAGUAAGCAAGAGUCCCAACGCUCCCACUUGACAUCCUUUACCAUGAAACUAAAGGACAAAUUCCACUCUCCCAAAAUCAAGAGGACGCCAUCAAACAAAAAGUCCAAACCACCACCAGAACAACCCGUAAAGUCCCCAGAGAAGACCGUAACUAAGAGUCUGAGUCGAUUAGAGGAGCAUGAGAAAGAAGUGGUCAGCGCCUUGCGGUACUUCAAGACCAUUAUCGACAAGAUGGCGGUGGACAAGAAAGUGUUAGAAAUGCUUCCUGGUUCUGCAAGCAAAGUUUUGGAGGCUGUCACGGGUUUGGUACAACUAGAUAGCAAGAUACUAAGCAGUUCAAGGGUGUCCUCCUGUCUCAGCCGACUCUAUCAAAGCCUUGCAAACCUCAUUCGCUGGUCGGACCAAGUAAUGCUGGAGGGUGUGAAUUUGGAAGAUAAAGACACAAUAACAACAGUCACAAAUGUGAUCAAAGCAGUGCUGGAUGGUGUAAAGGAGCUGGUUAAAGUUGCCAUUGAGAAACAGGAGCACCCUUCACCUACGACACCUGUCAAAACCAUUCCUCCAGUCGCCAGCCCACAGCGUGUUCCAGAGCCCCCUGUCAUUGAGACGAAGGAACUCGUCUUGAAUAACAGCCCUGCCCCAGCUGAAACCACAGAGACCCCAAAUGAUGUCCCUGAUGAGGAAGUAGCCCCUCCGAAACCCCCUCUACCUGGACUCAAAGUGCCUGAACAACACUGUCCACCGGCUCUCCCUCCAAAGAAGCGUCAGUCGGCACCAUCUCCCACCAGGAUUGCUGUGGUUGCACCAAUGAGUCGCACCACAAGUGGAUCAAGUCUUCCUAUUGGUAUCUGUCGACAGGAGUAUGAAGCAGAUGCCUUACAAAGGCGUUUUUCUGGAGGCAGUCACUCCUAUGGAGGAGAAUCGCCACGACUGUCCCCAUGUGGCAGCAUCGGCAUAUUGAGCAAGUCAGAUGAACAGCUGUCCUCUCUUGACCAGGACAGUGGACAGUGCUCUCGUAACACCAGCUGUGAGACUCUAGACACAGCAGAGAGCUACGACCCUGACUAUGACUUCUUGCAUCAAGACCUGUCCAGCACUGAGCAGAUCCCUCAUGCACACACUGGGGGUUGUCUGAGCCCCCUUCCCGAAUCUCUCCACGAAUCGUCCUCAUUCCCAGUCCAGCUCCAGUCGAUGCCGCCUGCCCUCCCGAAGAAGGAACGGCGGCCCCCUCUUCCUCCAGUGGAACGACUCUACUCUCAAUAUGACAAUGUUCCAGAUGAGGACAUGCACACUCCACCCUUCCCGCUCUUCAGUGCAGUCCCACCCUCAAACCCUGGAGUAUUUAUGGGGAACUUCGGUCCCAGUGAGAACACACAGAUCCCACAGAGCCCCCCGCCCCUGCCGGAGAAGAAGAGUCGCCAUAUCCUGAAAUACAUGCAGUUCAUGGAGGACUAUUCAGAGCCGCUGCCUUCCGUUUUCUACCAGACGCCCCAAAGUGAAAGCAUUUAUGAGCAGCGCAAUAGGAAGCGUUUUCAGGAAGUAUACGGCCUCAGCGACUCCUUCAGCAGCAGUGAUGACACCCUUCCUCCUCCAGCACUGCCCCCAAAACAAAGACAACUGGCUUCCUCACACUCUGCGUCUCCUUCCUCCUCCUCUUCCUCGUCUCUGUCUUGUCAGCUGCAGCAGUGUGUGUCUGGGCCCGGGCCCGGUGAGACAGAGUCCGCCCUCAGCCUUUCUGCAUCUAACUCCUCUCUGAACCGCCAGGGCUCUCUGCCUGUCCCUACGAGCGAAAGCACUAAUGAUGAAGGUGGGGAGGGUGAGUACGUCAAUCUGUAUUCAUCCAACCAAGCCAAUGGAGAUGUGACUCUCUCCAAUGGAGACUCUUUUUGUGGUGCUGAGGAUUCGCUCCAGGACUCUGCUAUUGAACACAGCAAAGAUCCGGCUGACAGAGAGGGUUGGAAGCAAAAGUGUGACUCAGAAUUGACCUCAGAAGAGGUGGAUGAGCUCUGUCUGAUUGACCACGAUGAAAUUAUGUCUCGCAUAACACUAAAGCAAGAGAACGAUGACGGCCCUGAUGUUAGAGCGGGAUCAGGCAAUAUUUUAUUAGUUCAUGCCACUGAAACCGACCGCAAAGAUCGGGUUUUAUACUGUGAAGCUUUCUUGACCACGUACAGAACAUUUCUAACCCCAGAGGACCUCAUUAAAAAGCUCCGCCAUAGGUAUACCAGAUUCUCUCUCAGCUCUGACACCAUCAAACAACGAGCUAGUAAAAACACCUUCUUCGUGCUGGUGCGUGUCGUGGAUGAGCUUUGUUUGGUGGAGCUGACGGAAGACAUCCUGAAGCAGCUCAUGGAGCUUGUGUUCAAUCUCUUGUGUAACGGGGAGCUCACUUUGGCCCGGGUUCUGCGCAAAAACAUCCUGGAUAAAGUCCAGCAGAAGAAGUUGCUGCAGUACACUAAUUCCCUCAAAACACUGGCUGCACGCGGUGUGGCCGCCAGGCCUGGCACUCUGCAUGACUUCCGUAGCCAUGAGAUUGCAGACCAGCUGACGCUCCUUGAUGCAGAGCUCUUUUACAAGAUAGAGAUCCCGGAGGUGUUACUUUGGGCAAAGGAGCAGAAUGAGGAGAAAAGCCCCAAUCUGACCCAAUUCACAGAGCACUUCAACAACAUGUCAUACUGGGUCCGGUCCAUAAUAAUCCUGCAGGAGAAAGCCCAGGAUCGGGAAAAACUUCUUCUGAAGUUCAUCAAAAUAAUGAAGCACUUAAGGAAACUCAAUAACUUCAACUCAUACUUGGCAAUAUUAUCAGCGCUGGAUUCAGCUCCUAUCAGAAGACUGGAAUGGCAGAAGCAAACGUCUGAGGGUUUGGAGGAAUAUUGCACUUUAAUUGACAGUUCUUCGUCUUUUCGGGCGUACAGAGCAGCUUUGGCGGACGUAGAGCCUCCAUGUAUACCAUACCUAGGUCUUAUCCUCCAGGACUUAACGUUUGUGCAUCUUGGGAAUCCUGACCACAUCGAAGGAAAGAUCAACUUUUCCAAACGCUGGCAGCAGUUUAAUAUACUAGACACUAUGAGGCGUUUCCAGCAAGUGCACUAUGACCUCAAACACAACGAUGACAUAGUCUCUUUCUUCAAUGACUUCAGUGAUCAUCUGGCCGAGGAGGCAUUGUGGGAGCUCUCCUUAAAGAUCAAACCUCGCAACAUCACCCGGCGGAAAACAGAUCGAGAGGAAAAGACAUAGCUCACAAACAAACCGCUCUCCGGUGAAGUUGCAGAACACAGCAAUCAAACGUUACUGUAAUGGCAGCUACGAGACUGGAAACGAUACCGUAUUUCUGUUACAGUUUACAGAACAUUUUUUAAAAGAAAAAACAAAACAAAAACAUGGUUAGAUUUUAUUUUGUACUUGCACUGCGUCUGAACCUGUGUUGACAUUUGAAGUGGAACAGCGCCAAAACAGUAAACAUGAGAUUAAGUCCUUUGAGAUCAUAACCUGGGAUUUAAACUGAUAUCCCAGUACUGUCUCGCCAUCUGGAUGUUUGCAGUGCGAUCUGGAGUUCAACCGUGAUUCCCGAUCGGGCGCUUUGGGUGUUAAAGUUUCUGAAAGACUGAUAUUUUUAUUUAUUUAUUUUGUAUGUAACAAAUGCACAUUAAGACUCUUUGGGUUUAGAGGGAUUACUGUACGCUUAUCUGCUGGAUUGAACAGCUUUGAGCAUAUACGAUAAUAGGUCAUGAUGCGGUUAUUAAUAGAAAUUCAUGGUUUUAUUGUUUGUUCUUUGCAAAUAAUAUUAAGAGUGUGUUCACACUUGGUAGGUUUGUUUUAAAACCAACUGGUGCGAAUAAAGCCUCAUUUAUACUUCUGCGUUGAGUGAUCGUCGUGAGUUUACCCUGGAAAUGUGUGUGAGGCUACAGUAACUCACACUCAUUCAUGAAAGAGGCGUGAACUGGCUCUAUGAACUCUAAACUUUUUUUUUUAUCCAUAUGAAGCUUCUCUGUGGGACUUGUUAAAAAACCCACAAUGGGUUCCACACAAUUCCUUCAAGUUCUCCCAACACAAAACGAUUAAGAGAACUUAAUUUUUUUUACAAUUUAAUUGGAUUGACCAUAAAAGAAUUAUGUUGUCCCAAAAAAAACAAGCAGAAAAAGUGCAGCCUUGCUCCGCACCAAAGCUCUUGGCCCCGCCCACACUCAUCACCUUCUACCAGGCUAAACAAUCACAGGUCUUGCACCUCGUUGCGAUGUGUGUUUCAGUUUUUGAGGGGUGCGUCAGGGUAGGUCAAAGGGUAUGCGAUGUAUAAAUUGGCCUUAAGUAUGAACACAGCUUUUCCAAUUUUGAUGCAACUAAAAUAUCACAAGACAACCCAGAGGCCAUUCACAUAUCGUGUCUAAAAGCGUGUGGAAAGCGUGAGCCUUCACUAUUUUUAACACUCUUUGCACUCACACUCCUUUGUUGUCGGUUGUUGCUAGGCAGCCAUCAACCAUUUUCCCAGAAGAUGACAAACUAACCAAACAUUUCUGCAGCUCUGAUACAAGUUUUACUUGUGGAGAAAAUAAAAAGGACUGCAGUGUUUGGUUGUGUUGUGUUUGUCUGAAAUAAUUAGUCUACUGAAAUGCGUAGAUUCCAUACAGAGUAUGAAGCUGAUCGCUCAGUUCUUUUCACGUGACUCGCAGUGCGCUCAAGGCAUUGUGAAAAGUUGAGAUAUUUUAACUAGGUGACAAAAAUGCAAGCGUUUCGUGUCGUGUGCGCGUUGCUUCCAAUAUGCGUGCAAAAACGCGAUAUGUGAUAUGUAAGGGCUGCUUUUGCACUGCUCAGUACAGUAUGUUUUAGCUUGCUUCAUUCGGUUUUUCUUGGCUCGGUUUGCAUUUUCACUGCAGUAUAGUACAGUUUAAAGUGGGUGGGAUUAUUGAUAAUAAUUAGUAGUAAUUCCUUACAUUUAUAUAGCGCUUUUCUAGACCCUCAAAGUGCUUUACACAUUGGGGAAUCUCCUCAUCCACGACCAGUGUGCAGCAUCCACCUGGAUGACGCAACGGCAGACAUAUUGUGCUAGACCGCACACCACACACCAGCUGAUUGGUGGAGAGGAGAAAGAGUGAUGAACCCAAUUAUGAUAUGGGGAUGGUGAGAGGCUAAUGGGCAAAUUUGGCCAGGAUGCUGGGGUUAAACCCCUACUCUUUUUUUUCAAAGGGCAUCCUGGGAUGACUCAUUGAGCAGAUUCUGAGAUGGCGCUCACUGAGCAGUAUAGAGUCCCCUUCACUACUCUGGGGCAUUAGGACCCACACUGAUCGCAGGUUGGGGGCCGCCUGCUGGUCUCACUAACACCACUUCCGGCAGCAACCUAGCUUUUCCAUGUGAUCUCCCAUCCAGGUUCUGACCAGGCGCAGCCCUGCUUAGCUUCAGUGGGCGACCAUGUGAGAGUUGUAGAGAGCUAGCUAGUUUUUUUUGCUAGUUGUGCUCCUCCUUGGCCAUGACAUUGUUUUCAUUUUGGGUCUUCCUAUCUAGCUCUGGCUGUCUGGGCCUCUUCUGCUGACCAUGAUGCUGCCAUUUCAGGUGUCUUUUCUUUACGAUGAUAUAAAAAUGGUUUAGACGUGCGAACCAGCAAUACAUCGGUGGGAGCUGCUGACCAUUUAAAUGCAGUAUAUUGGUUUGGUGUCUUGUUGCAAAUCCAGUGACACUGCUAGUGACUUCUCUCAGACCAAUCGGACAUAUAAUCAGUCAUUAUAUGUCACAAGUUUUAUUAUUAAUUUUUUAACCUUUAGAGGACAGUACUGUGGAGAGUAUUGACAGAAAAUCAUGGGGAGCCGAGAGAAAGGGAAAGGAUUGACAAAGCCAGGAAUCGAACUAGGGUGGCCAUGAGCAUCACACGAAUCGGCUUUCAGGUCCAAGUGCUAGAUCAAACUCUAUGGGCAGGCCUAACAUAUGAUAAUGGUAAUAAGCAUGGUAAUAAACGUUUACAAAGCGAUGUAAUACUUUUGGAAAUCAUGAUCGCAAUAUAUAU